AUGGCAUAUUCUUCUGGAUCGUAUACCAGAAAGUUAGAAAGACAGGGGAUUCCAGUGAGAUGGAUGAAAUCGAGCAAUUUAAUGCAUCAUAAAUUUUGUCUCGUUGACACAUUAGCUGUAGAUAAACAUAUAACUCCAUUUGUAAUGAUGGGAUCAUUAAAUUGGACAAAUCAGGCUUUAAAUGGAAAUUGGGAAGAUGUAACAGUGACCUCCCAAAGAGAUAUAGUACAACAGUACCAUGCUGAAUUUGAGAGACUGUGGGUUUUAUUUAAACCAAUUGUAGACUUUACUUAG